GCUGGGCUGGGCUGGGCACGGCGGAGCUCUCCCGCGGCGGGCACGGCAGCAGCGCAGCCACUUCCCAGCCCGGAGCCCCCCCGGUCAGCGCGGAAGGGGCCGCGCCCGCCCUGCCGGCCACCCCGCCCGCCCCGGCCAUGAGGUCGGGCCGGAGAGACGGCACCUGUGCGGGGAGGUGAGCGGAGCCCCGGAGCCUUCCUCUUCCCCCGGGCAGCCACAGCGGCAGGGAAGAGGAAGGGGUGGAGGAAGGGAAAGGGAUAUAUAUAUAUAUACACUUUUUUUUUUUUUUAAAUAUACCUAUAUAUUUUACUGCGAUCAAUUCCGAUCCCGCAACUGAAGCCCCCGGAGGGAGAAGUGCUGCGCGCUGUGAUGCGUCUUCCUCUCGCCUCGGCUGCCAGUUUGGAUUGUAGCGCCCGGCUCCGUGCACUGAGAGAAUGGCUCGGUUUGGGGAUGAUCUGCCAACCCGCUAUGGAGGUGGAGGGCCGGCCGGGGCUGGAAGAGGGAGCAGCCGGCAAGGUGGCCCCCAAGCCGGCCAAAGGAUGUAUAAACAGUCGAUGGCUCAGAGGGCCAGGACUAUGGCUCUCUACAACCCCAUCCCUGUCAAACAGAACUGCUUCACAGUCAACAGAUCCCUCUUCAUCUUCAGUGAAGAUAAUGUUAUACGGAAAUACGCCAAGAGAAUAACAGAAUGGCCUCCAUUUGAAUACAUGAUUUUAGCUACAAUCAUAGCCAAUUGUAUUGUGCUGGCCCUGGAACAACAUUUGCCGGAUGGAGACAAGACACCUAUGUCAGAGAGAUUGGAUGACACUGAGCCGUACUUUAUUGGAAUAUUUUGUUUUGAAGCUGGUAUAAAAAUCAUCGCUCUAGGGUUUGUUUUUCAUAAAGGCUCUUACCUCCGAAAUGGUUGGAACGUGAUGGAUUUUGUCGUGGUCCUCACAGGGAUUCUAGCAACUGCUGGGACUGAUUUUGACCUGCGGACCCUGCGGGCUGUCCGAGUGUUACGACCCCUGAAGCUUGUGUCAGGAAUCCCAAGCUUGCAGGUUGUCCUCAAGUCCAUCAUGAAGGCGAUGGUGCCCUUGCUUCAGAUUGGGCUGCUCCUUUUCUUCGCCAUCGUGAUGUUUGCCAUCAUCGGGCUGGAGUUUUACAUGGGGAAGUUUCAUAAAACCUGCUUCUCUAACGAGACGGGUGAUGAGGUGGGAGAUUUUCCUUGUGGAGAGGAGCCUCCUGCCAGGCAGUGUGAGAGUGGGACCACCUGCAGGGAGUACUGGCAAGGGCCCAACUACGGCAUCACCAACUUUGACAAUAUCCUCUUUGCUGUGCUCACCGUCUUCCAGUGCAUCACCAUGGAGGGAUGGACCGACAUCCUCUACAAUACAAAUGAUGCUGCAGGAAAUACCUGGAACUGGCUUUAUUUCAUCCCUCUCAUCAUCAUUGGCUCUUUCUUCAUGCUCAACUUGGUGCUGGGUGUCUUAUCAGGAGAAUUUGCAAAAGAACGAGAGAGGGUAGAAAAUCGUCGAGCUUUCCUGAAACUCCGUAGGCAGCAGCAAAUUGAGCGGGAACUAAAUGGAUACUUGGAGUGGAUCUUCAAAGCAGAGGAGGUCAUGCUGGCAGAGGAAGACAAGAAUGCAGAAGAGAAAUCUCCUCUGGACGGGAGGGCCGCCUCGGAAGGGCCGAUUCAACAAGGCACGGCACCGGCAGAGACUAGCAGCGGCAGCAGCUACAACAUGUUGAAACGAGCUGCAAUAAAGAAGAGCAAAAAUGACCUGAUUCAUGCUGAAGAAGGUGAGGACCAUUUCACAGACAUUUGCUCCGUUGGGUCUCCUUUUGCCCGCGCCAGUUUGAAGAGUGGGAAGAAUGAGAGCUCGUCCUACUUCAGGAGGAAAGAGAAAAUGUUCCGGUUCUUCAUCCGGCGGAUGGUGAAAGCUCAGAGCUUCUACUGGAUUGUCCUCUGUGUGGUCGCCCUCAACACACUCUGCGUUGCGAUGGUGCACUAUGACCAGCCGGAGAAGCUCACCACUGCGCUGUACUUUGCAGAGUUUGUUUUUCUGGGUCUGUUCCUUACUGAGAUGUCUUUGAAGAUGUAUGGACUAGGGCCAAGAAAUUACUUCCACUCUUCAUUCAACUGCUUUGACUUUGGGGUCAUCGUGGGAAGUAUUUUUGAAGUUAUUUGGGCUGCAGUGAAACCAGGUACCUCAUUUGGCAUCAGCGUAUUGAGAGCACUUCGACUGCUGAGGAUUUUCAAAGUAACAAAGUACUGGAAUUCCCUGAGGAAUCUGGUGGUCUCCCUGCUGAACUCCAUGAAGUCCAUCAUCAGUUUGCUCUUCCUGCUGUUCCUGUUCAUUGUGGUGUUUGCUUUGCUGGGGAUGCAGCUCUUUGGAGGGCAAUUCAAUUUCCAAGAUGAAACACCAACCACGAAUUUCGAUACCUUCCCUGCCGCCAUACUCACAGUAUUCCAGAUCCUGACGGGGGAAGACUGGAACGCAGUGAUGUACCACGGGAUAGAGUCGCAGGGUGGUGUCCGCUCGGGGAUGUUCUCCUCCAUUUACUUCAUCGUCCUGACGUUGUUUGGUAACUAUACGCUCCUGAAUGUCUUCUUGGCUAUUGCUGUUGACAAUCUGGCAAAUGCCCAAGAGCUGACCAAGGACGAGGAGGAGAUGGAGGAAGCCACCAAUCAAAAGCUUGCCCUGCAAAAGGCCAAGGAAGUGGCAGAAGUCAGCCCUAUGUCUGCAGCUAACAUUUCCAUAGCCGCUUUUGUAAAGCAAACUCGAGGUACUGUAUCUCGCAGCUCGUCAGUCUCCAGCGUAAAUUCACCCAAGCAGCAGAACUCCUCCAAAUCCAAGUCUGUUUGGGAGCAGAGGACCAGCCAGAUCCGGAUGCACAAUUUCCGAGCCAGCUGCGAGGCACUGUACAAUGAGCUGGAUCCGGAGGAGCGGGUGCGUUACGCUACCACCCUUCACAUCAGGCCAGACAUGAAGACUCAUUUGGAUCGGCCGCUGGUGGUAGAGCCGAGGGGCGAAGGGAGGAACAACAUUAGCAAGUUGAGCCCUGUGGACGUGCAGGAGGUGGAGCAGACCAAAGUCAGCUCUACUGAUGGGGCAGAAGCUCCACGAAAGCACCACCGGCAUCGGGAUAAGGACAAACUGGGAGAGCAAGAAAAGGGUGAUGUGACCAAGGAUGAGAAUGGGGAAUCUGGUGCCAACAAUAAGGAGGAGCGGCACCGGCAGCACAGGAGCCGCAGCAAGGAGGUGGAAGGGGGGAGUAAGGAAGGGAAAAGCGAUCGCAACAGGAGUCAGGAAGGGGGAAAGAGGCACCAUCGCCGAGGGUCAGUGGAAGAAGGUGCUGAGAAGGAGCACCGUAGGCAUCGGACUCACCGGCACUCUGCUGAACGGCAAGGCAAGGAAGGCAACGGGACAAUCAACGGGGCCAGGAGCGAGCGACGUUCCCGACACCGGGGAGGGUCAAGGUCUGGGAACCGGGAAGGAGAGCCUGGGUCUAAGGGUGAGAAUGGAGAAGAGCCUCACAGACGGCACAGGUUCAGGAACAGGGCGCUGUCAACGUACGAUUCGGUGGAGAAGGAGAACGGGGAGAAGGAGGGGGAGGCUGGCGAGAAGGAGCACCGGAAUCAUCAGCCCAAGGAGAAUCAGUGUGAGAUUGAGGCUAGUGGAAGUGUGAGUGUCCCUGUGCACACCCUUCCCAGCACCUAUCUGCAGAAAGUGCCAGAGCAGCCAGAAGAUGCUGACAACCAGAAGAACGUGACACGGAUGAUUCAGCCACCUCUGGACAAAACCACCACUGUGAACAUCCCUGUCACUAUCACUGCCCCACCGGGGGAAACCACUGUCAUACCAAUGAACAACGUUGAAUUUGAAAGUAAAGCAGAGGAGAAGAAAGACGUUGAUGACUUGACGAAAAAUGGGCCUAAACCAAUCUUGCCUUACAGUUCCAUGUUUAUCUUAAGUCCUACAAAUCCGAUUCGGCGUCUGUUCCACUACAUUGUCAACCUGCGCUAUUUCGAGAUGGUCAUCCUCAUAGUUAUAGCCCUCAGCAGCAUUGCCCUGGCUGCAGAAGACCCUGUCCAAGCCGAGUCACCGAGGAACGAUGCUCUGAAAUACUUGGAUUAUAUAUUUACGGGUGUCUUUACCUUUGAGAUGGUGAUCAAGAUGAUUGACUUGGGGCUGUUACUCCACCCUGGCUCCUACUUCCGUGACCUGUGGAAUAUCCUGGACUUCAUUGUGGUCAGUGGGGCCUUGGUGGCGUUUGCCUUCUCGAGUUUCAUGGGAGGAACCAAAGGCAAGGACAUCAACACAAUCAAGUCCCUGCGAGUUCUGCGGGUCCUAAGACCACUGAAGACCAUUAAACGGCUGCCAAAACUAAAGGCUGUCUUUGACUGCGUGGUGAAUUCCCUGAAGAACGUCCUCAAUAUCCUCAUAGUUUACAUGCUCUUCAUGUUCAUUUUUGCCGUCAUUGCUGUGCAGCUCUUCAAAGGCAGAUUCUUCUACUGCACCGAUGAGUCGAAGGAGCUGGAGAAGGACUGCAGGGGUCAGUACCUCGAUUAUGAAAAAAAUGAGGUGGAGGCGCAGCCGAGGGAAUGGAAAAAAUACGAGUUCCACUAUGACAACGUGCUCUGGGCUCUGCUCACGCUCUUCACUGUCUCCACAGGCGAAGGGUGGCCAACUGUGCUGAAGCACUCAGUGGAUGCAACCUACGAGGAACAGGGUCCCAGCCCUGGCUACCGAAUGGAAAUGUCUAUCUUUUACGUGGUGUAUUUUGUUGUCUUCCCUUUUUUCUUUGUGAACAUCUUUGUGGCGUUAAUCAUCAUCACCUUCCAAGAGCAAGGAGAUAAAGUGAUGUCAGAAUGCAGCCUUGAGAAAAACGAGAGGGCCUGCAUAGACUUCGCCAUAAGUGCCAAGCCACUGACCCGCUACAUGCCUCAGAACAAGCAAUCUUUUCAGUACAAGAUGUGGAAAUUUGUGGUGUCCCCUCCCUUUGAGUAUUUUAUCAUGGUCAUGAUUGCACUCAAUACCAUUGUCCUAAUGAUGAAGUUCUAUGAUGCUCCAGAAGCAUAUGAAGAAAUGUUGAAAUGCCUGAAUAUUGUGUUUACAUCCAUGUUUUCAAUGGAAUGUGUGCUGAAGAUCAUUGCCUUUGGUGUGCUGAAUUAUUUCCGAGAUGCCUGGAAUGUCUUUGAUUUUGUAACAGUGUUGGGAAGUAUUACUGAUAUUUUAGUAACAGAGAUUGCGGACACGGACAACUUCAUCAACCUCAGCUUCCUGCGGCUCUUCAGGGCAGCGAGACUUAUCAAGCUCCUUCGCCAGGGUUACACUAUCCGCAUCUUGCUCUGGACAUUUGUGCAGUCUUUUAAGGCCUUGCCUUAUGUAUGUCUCCUCAUUGCAAUGCUCUUCUUCAUCUAUGCCAUUAUUGGCAUGCAGGUAUUCGGAAACAUUGCGCUAGAUGAUGAAACCUCCAUUAAUCGACACAAUAACUUCCGUACCUUCCUCCAAGCCCUGAUGCUUCUGUUCAGGAGUGCCACAGGGGAAGCCUGGCACGAGAUCAUGCUGUCGUGCCUGAGUAACAGAGCCUGCGACCCGCUCUCUGGCCUCACCAAAAAUGAAUGUGGCAGCGAUUUUGCCUACUUCUACUUUGUGUCGUUCAUCUUCCUGUGCUCCUUCCUGAUGUUAAACCUGUUUGUGGCUGUGAUUAUGGACAAUUUUGAAUACCUGACAAGAGACUCCUCCAUCCUUGGGCCCCAUCAUUUGGAUGAGUUUGUUCGUGUCUGGGCUGAAUAUGACCCAGCUGCCUGUUGCCGGAUUCAUUAUAAGGAUAUGUACAAUUUGUUACGUGUAAUUGCUCCACCCCUGGGCUUAGGAAAGAAGUGCCCUCAUAGGGUGGCAUACAAGCGCCUGGUGCGGAUGAACAUGCCGAUCUCGCCUGAAGAUUUAACCGUCCACUUCACAUCCACGCUGAUGGCCUUGAUCCGCACUGCCCUAGAAAUCAAACUGGCCUCAGGGGGUGUUAAACAGCACCAGUGUGAUGCUGAGUUGAGAAAGGAGAUCUCACUGGUUUGGCCCAAUCUGUCCCAGAAGACCCUGGAUUUGCUGGUGCCUCCUCACAAACCUGACGAGAUGACUGUGGGGAAGGUCUAUGCAGCGCUGAUGAUAUUUGACUUCUACAAGCAGAAUAAGAACAGCAGGGAACAAGUCCACCAGCCGCCUGGAGGCCUGUGCCAGCCUGGACCAGUAUCGCUCUUCCACCCCCUGAAGGCUACUUUGGAGCAAACCCAGCCCUCAGCAUUCAACAACGCAAAGGCGUUCCUUCGCCAGAAAAGCUCAGCUUCACUCAACAAUGGGGGUGCAUUGCCAGCCCCAGAGGGUGGGAUCAAAGAGUCCAGUUCUUGGGGAACCCAACGCACCCAGGACAUGUUUUAUGAAACCAGGACACCAGCUUUUGAACGAGGCCACUCAGAAGAAAUCCCCAUUGAACGGGUGGUAGAAAUGAGGGAAAUCAGCCCUACACUUGCCAACGGAGAGCACCAACCAGGCCUGGAGAGCCAGGGGCGGGCAGCUUCCAUGCCGCGCCUGGCAGCCGAAACUCAGAGGAGCAAAGCACGGUCACCUGGAAGUUACCUAGCACCCAUCCCCGACACGAGCCCCAUGAAGCGCUCCGUCUCCACGCUGACCCCACAGCGCCCUCACGCCAUGCACCUCUACGAGUACUCCUUGGAGCGCAUGCCGCCGGAGCAAGGGCAUCACCACCAUCACCACCGCUGCCACCGGCGGAAAGAGAAGAAGCAGAAGUCCUUGGACAGGUCCCCCCAUCAGCUGGCCGAUGGAGAAGCUGUGGCCCAGUCUGGUGAGUCUUCUUCCAAGGACAAGAAGCAGGAACGCGGCCGGUCCCAAGAGAGGAAGCAGCACUCUUCCUCCUCCUCCGAAAAGCAGCGCUUCUACUCCUGCGACCGCUACGGCAGCCGGGACCGUUCUCAGCCCAAGUCUGCCGAUCAGAGCAGGCCCACCUCACCCAACGGAGGGCCAGAGCAAGGUCCACACAGACAGGGUAGUGGUUCAGUUAAUGGGAGCCCCUUGCUGUCGACAUCUGGUGCUAGUACCCCAUGCCGGGGUCGGAGGCAGCUCCCACAGACUCCACUGACCCCACGUCCCAGCAUCACUUACAAGACCGCUAACUCCUCGCCCGUGCACUUCACCAGUUUCCAAACCGGACUGCCCACUUUCUCCCCGGGACGCCUGAGCCGCGGCUUGUCCGAGCACAACGCGCUGCUGCGCGGGGACCAGCAGCCGCCCCCCCCGGCGGUGGCCCGCAUCGGCUCCGACCCCUACCUGGGCCACCGCGAUGACGCCGACAGCCCCUACCGCGCGGUGCCAGAGGACACGCUCACCUUCGAGGAGGCGGUGGCCACCAACUCGGGACGGUCCUCAAGGACUUCUUACGUCUCCUCCUUGACCUCCCAGUCUCACCAAAUCCGCAGGGUGCCCAACGGCUACCACUACACGCUGGGUCUCAACACGGGCCCCGGGACUGGCACCAGAGGACGUAGUUACUACCACGAAGCCGAUGAGGAUGACUGGUGCUAGCGGCAUGGCAAAACCCUUCAAGGUGUGCGUGUUUAAAAUCGAUGAGUUUUAUCAUCUGGAAGGCUGCGCGCUCCAAUGCGCGCGGUGCCUGGGGCCAGAGGGGGCCCGCGGGGCAGCCUCCGCCGCGAGAACUGCUCUGCUCCCAGGUCCGGAGACACUCCUGCAGCCCCUCUCCUCUCUUUUUCUUUAUUUUUUUCUUUUUCUUUUUUUUUUUUUUUUUUUCCACUAGACAAAUCGAGGAAGAAGGCUCCCUCCUUAGGGGGAAGGCAGCGGGGGGAGCACAUCUCUCUCUCCCCCUCUCCCACCUCCCUACUGCCUUGUCUAGUUCAAAGACAUGCUCCAGAUGCCAAAUCCGUGACACCCGCGAGAAGCCAAGAGAAGAGCGGUCCUCACCUUUGACGGCAGAAAAAGCGGACUGUCGAUCCUUUUCGAGAUUGGCGCAGUUUUUGUUGGGCUAUUUCUUAAUUUAUUAUUAUAUUUUUUUUUUUCCCUGGUCAGGGUGGGAGUUGGGGGUUGCAAACAGACACACAUGAACAAAGAUCUCAUCCGUGUUUUAUCUCAUUCACCGCUAAGAAGGAAGAGAUCUACCCAAGAAACUGGGAGUGGAGAAACACAGACCAGAACAAAGGACAGUCCACUGGGACUUGAUGUUCAGCCACAGCAAUCCUUUUCGGCGGAGCCAGUGACACCCCCCCGAGCUGACCGAGUGCUCCGGCAGCCGGGACUCUGCUCUGACACCGCUGCCGUGUGGAUCUCUUUUAUUUUACUCACCACGUCGGGUCCUUCACACUGACACAUGAUAAAGCCACAACAGAGCUACUUUGUAAGGACUGUUUCCUUGCUGCUGAGACUUUUCCUUCCGUCCCUCUCUCCUGUCGACCGCAACACGCCCUCACUGUUUUGUCUUGUUUACAAUAUAAGCUUGAUUUAGCAAAAAACAACUAAAAAAAAAAAAUCCAGAAAAAAAAAAAAGAGGAAAAAGCGUAGGGGUGAGAAGAAGAAAUGUUAUUGGUUUUAUAUCAAGCUAUUAGAUAGAACUUUAACUUUUCAUUGUGUGCAUUUUUGUAAAUUGUACAGUAAAAAAAAAAAGAAAAAAAUACUCUUUAUGUAGAGAAUUAGUCCAAUUGUCAUUCCAGGUCCCACCGUUUCUACCGAAUGCUCCAGUUGUUCACUACUAAGUGCCUAACCUUUGAAAUCUUUCACAGCGACGAUGCAACCUCUUGCUUCGAUGCAUCAGACCUUGGGCGAGCAUGGGGAGGGGCAGGAGGGGAGGGAGGGCAGAGCCGGGAGGAGCCGCUCGUCUCAAAGGUUCCGUGGUGCACCCAACGCCCCGCGUCGCAUUACUGGACAGUGUAUUCGAGUACCAGGUUGGAAGCUUACAGUGGGGAAGGCAGACAUGCUUUGGGGUUGGUUUGGGUUUUUUUGGCCUUUUUUUUUUUUUCUUCUUUUUUUUUUUUUUUUAUAUAUACUUUUAUUGGUGGGAGGGGAGUGAUUGCAGCAAACAAAACUGGCCUUUUCUCUUUGACUAGUGUUUAGGUCCUGCGGGAGAGAUGCAGGUGGAAAAGUACAGCAUCUGCAGAGAUGCUCUUGCAGGAGACGCAGCGUCUUUCACACUGCAUGUCAAGUCACAGUCGAGCUGCGAGAGCUCUGGCUAUGUUCCACGGUGCAUAAUUUGUGUUGAGGGCAGUUGGAGAGAGUCUUGUUUUUAUUGCCUGUUAAGAGAAGGUUAAAAAAAAUAAUAAGCAAAACCUCUAACUCUGAUUCUCAGGGAUGAGAUUUCUGUGUUCUUGUAAUGACUCUUGCAUUGGACAAUUUUUUUCUUUUGUGCAUGUGUGGAUUUCUGCACUCUGAGCCUGAGAAAGAGGCAACCACGAUGUGCUGGUGGGGAGGGAGCACUGAAAGAAAAGCCUGGGCAGGACCUUGUGUCUGUGGUCUGACGAACCGUCGUAGGGCUAAUUUGGGGCACAGGGCGGCCAGAGGACACGUAGUACAUUGACAAAAGGUUAAAGGAGGAAGAGUGGGAGGUGCCAGACGAGCGCAUCGCUAAAAAUGCUGAUAGGAAAGAACAGAGGGUUGGACAGAUGAAUUUUUUCAGAGGAUCUACCAAGCCCCAGAACUGUGAAACUUCUCCAGGUCGCUUAGGACAGGUAGAGAUCCUGCUGGACCCUGGUGUUUCGUUUUGUCGCUGGGGUGGUUGGAGGGUAUUGGAUGCUGCCAAAACUUUCAGGAGGUCUCGUGUGCUCUCAGCAAAAGUAAUUCAGCCUCAGGCAGGGAGCAGUCUGCUGUAGGGUGGCUCUUCACAUCUCCUGUAGCUUUUCUGUUGAGGAAAUUCAACCUGUUUUUGUUUCCUUCUGUGGGUUUUUUUGUCCUGUUACUAAAGAAUAAUCUUUGGCCAAUCUCAUCCCUGGAUUCUGCUAAAGGAUAACUCCUGUCUAUAACUCUGUCUCUGCAUUUAUGUGCACUUUGAAUAAAAGAAGUGCGGUAGCCGGAGGUCCACCAUGAGUAACAGCUGUAAUUUGCAAACGGAGGGCUAUGCAACAAGAUGACACGUUCAGAAACACAUCCAAACCACCAACAGUCAGAAAGACCUUCAUCCGUUCUGUAGCUUUAUCUGCUGGAUUUUCCUGUUUCGGGCUUCAGCAUGAUUGUGACCAAAUGUUUUAUACAUUUUCCUUAUAUGAAGGCACAAACACUUUAUUUGAAAUUUUAAAGAAAACGUUACUAUUUUACUCCAGGAAGUAAAGGAGAGGGAAAACGCAAUCUCUCUGACAGUGCAUGCAAACAUUGUACCCACACUGGAAAGCAAAAGAGAUGUCUUUCUGUACUGAAUAAUUUUGUCUUUUUCUCCACUCCGCCUUUCCCCUUCUACCAUUUUAGAUCCUCAAACCCACAGCCCCGCACUAACACACCAUCUGGAAGCGCACAGCCAAACUAUGGCCUUGGGUCACUCCAAUUCCUAGGCAGAACACGAAGAAGAAUCUCAAGUUGUCUAAUCCUCCACCCGCCUCGUAGGGGUCGAUGCCAGUGACAGACAAGCCUGACCACAAUUGUUCAUAACCCUUUUCCUACCUUUUUUUACAGCCUCUCUGCUGUCUCUUCAAUGCAUACAUGAUAUUUCCAAGAAUCCUCAUAGUGAGUUGCCAAACUUGAAUUGCACCGAUCAGUUUUCUGCAUCCAGAACCAGUCUCGUAGUGGCUGUACUUUGAAUAAGUAAUGUUUGCAUGUAAAAUAUAUACAUAUAUACAUAUAUAUAAAAAGUAUGUGCAUGGAAAAUGUUUAUCUUCGUACUUUUUUGAUACAAUGUAUUCAUCAGUUGUUAAUUUUUAAUUAUAUUUGAUAUAAAUUGGGGGUUUGUUGCAAAACUUUAUAUUUAAAAAAACAGUGUUAAAAAUUAUAAAAGUUCCAACCAUGCAACACAAGCGGAACUUUACCCAAAAAAAAAAGGGGAAAAAAAAGAAAAAAAAAAGGUUCUGUGAUUGCCUAGUUUGCUGCCUGAGUAAUAUUUAUCAGCCAAACUUUGAAUUCUGCAGUUGUUUCUACAAUUACAUUUUGUAUGAAGCAAAGUCCUUGAAUUAAAAUAAAAACUUAGCAAAAAACCUUACAAAUUCAAAGAUGGUGUGUGCAGUGUGCCUAGUGACCGGGAGACCGCCAUCCUGAGAGCAGCCUCCCCCCCGGCGGGCUGGCUAGGAGAGAGCCGCGGGAGGCAGCUUGGCUUGACCACCACGUUGAGUGACAGCCCGUGAGAUCCGGUGUGAAACCGGAUUUAGUUCAGCCCAAAUUGGGAUGCUGUAAGAAAUUGGCCACAUCUGUGUCUGUUUCUGUACAGGCUCCACAGAUGCUCGGUCUGAGUAGGGAGCUGUUUGUAAAUUUGCCUUUGCAGUGUGGAGAUUACAGUUCCUGGAGUCCAACAGGCAGCAAAAUUGCAUAAUUUAAGUUGAGGGUUACAAGAAAAACCCUAGCAGUGAUUGAUUCCUUUGAGGUUUUUAACAGAUGUUUCUCUUGUUGAUGUGCAAAAAUGUUGGGCGUGGGGCUCCCUUUAGCGUUAACCCUUAUUAAACCUUAAACCCACUCCCAGCAAGUGUUCUUGGUGCUACCUCAGGUAGGCAUGGGCAUGGAAAUCAGUAGCAUGUGGGGUUGAAUUGGUGUCAGUCUGCCACGUGUCCAGGAUGUGCCAUAGCACUUGUAGAAAAAAAAAAAAAAAUAAUAAUAAUAAUACUUGCUGAGUGUACCUCGAAGUUCCUACUCCCAAGGCUUGCACUGAGCAGAAGAAAAACCCAAGGGCUUUUGGAAAUAAGGAAGGAAGUUUUCAUUUCUUUGCAUAACUGGAGAACUGCUCUCAUUCCCUACCAGGGGGAGAAAUCCACUGCGUGCAUCUCCUGCAUCAGGGUCUGCUGGCGUGACACUUCUGACAAUGCCAAGGACUCUCCAAAAAAUUAUUGAGAAAAAUUAAUAGCAGCUGUAGAGCACUGCUGAAGGGAGGACCAUCGCAUUUUUGCAUUUUUCAGUACUCUUCAGAGCACAAGGUCUAUUUUAGCAUUCAACUCUUCUUAUUCUCUCUUGUUGCAUCUUUUCUGUGAUGAGACCACCCAAGGUCCCACUUGAGAUUAGGGUAUCGUGUGAAAUGCAAGGAAAUCCUGAUCACCAGGCCAGGCUGUAGCAUGGGAAGAAAAUGGUUUUGCUUGAGGUCACACGGUAUGUUAUUAGCAAAGUUUGGAGCAGAAGAACUUCUUGGCUUGUAGUCUGGUCUGUGCAGGGUUUGGGGUUCUUGGGUGGGAGGACAGUGGAGCAUAGAGGAGAAGAGUAGGAUUUUUAUUACAUUUUUGAGCUAUCCCAAGUAAACUUGAGAAACGGAGCUUUCUGAAUGUGUCUGAGCAGUGUACAAGGGAAGGUCUGAAAAACAGCGCAAGAUUUGAGAAUCAGCGUACAUCCCGACUUCAGCCGAGACACCCGUGGCAUUCGCUCCACCUCAACCAUCUGGGGAGCUGGAAUCUGCCUGGAGGACCAGAUGAGCAACCUCUCCCCUCCAGAUGUGUAUCACAGAGGACCUCCGAAACCAGUUUACAAUCCCAUAUGUGUUUUCAAAUCCUAAAAGCCUUUUGGCAGCUUUCUGCCUUUUUUUUUUUUUCCUUUUUUUUUCUUUAUUUCUCCUUAUUUCAGUUGUAUUCUUUUGGUCCCUGAGACCAAGGCAGCAAUGCACCCAACAGCUUCUCCAGGGACUGCCUGAGUUCUAGGGUGAAAGAGCUGGAGCAGGUGGGAUCCCUGCUACCAGACUCAAAGCAUUUCCCACGUCCAAGACACUGGAGCUGAAACUCCCAGUUUUGCUUCACUCCCCUUUGAGUUCAGCUGAACUCCACAAAAUGGCCCUAUUUUUGUACCUCGUCCUUGGUGCCACCUGGUUCUCAUGACCAGUGUAACACCGUUCAUGCAAAGCUGCUGUGAGUGGGUUUGCAUGAGGUCUUUCCCCAUCAGGGGCAUAUCUUGCUGACAGAGACCACUACAUUUCUGUUCCCUUUAUCUCCACUCCCAGACCUACAGAUAAAAUCUGGAUCAGUAUUUCCAAGGACAGCACCUCCAUGCCUUGUUUUACCAUUGGGGGUAGCGUUUUCAGGCUUUUUCUACUUUCUAGCGAAACAAAAAAUGGAAAAAGGCUGAUUCAUCUCCCCUUGCCACUCUUUGAGUGUCAUUCCCUGAAAUAUUUGUCUUAGGAUGCAGAAAACUCAGGGUGAGACACUGAACACACCUGAGUCCAAUGUGCUCAGGUAAUUUGGCCUUUUGUACUCCCCAGAGCAUGAAAACCCAAUGUCAUCCAGCUGAUUCCCCAUUCCAGCCACAUUCGCAGACUGUGUGCCCUCCAAGGUGAUGAAUUACUCAUCCCAGUGGAAUUCAUCCCUCUUGAUCAACCCUAAGUAGAUCUCCUGAUAUUUUCUGGGCUGUAGAAAGCACCAUUUUCAGAAAGUGCCUGAUCAUAAUAACGAGCUUCGACUCAACGCUGUCCCUCAGCACAUUCCAAACUAUUUUGCAGGAGAGCAAAAGAGGCUAGUUUUGCAUCUUCAUGCGAUUAAAAAAAGGUAAACUGAGGCACCGCAAGGGGACUAAAUUGCCCAGGGUCACCCAGCAAGCCAGUGCAGAAGCGAGGACAAGGUCUCCUGAGCUCCUGCAGGUUACUCUGCCUCCUUCAUGUCUUGGUGUUUUAAAUCACUGAUGUGUGCAUGAUUUUUUUACAUACACAAGCUCCUAGUAGGGUGCUAGUGAGGUGACACUGGGAAUUUGGCAUCUCACUAGCGGACAUGUUGGUUCAUUGGAGGGAAUUCAAAGAAAAGGAGCAAUAACAAAAAUGAUGAAAGGUUGGGGACAGAUUUAUGGCGAUAGCUGUGAGGAGCUCUGCACGGUGAUGGAGGAGGGUGGCUCUGAUAAGGCUGUGCAAAUAUUUGUGGGGGUGAAGUCCUGAGGUGGGUGAGUCAGCACGAAGGAGCUGCUGAGGCUGUUUGGGAAGGGAGGUCUGAGCAAGCCAACUCCCUAGCAAACUGAUGGAAACACCAGAAUAGAGCCCUUCACCCGUUCAGGAAGCCUGGGACAUGCUGAUGGAGCUGUGUUAAUUCAAAGAAAACAGUAUCAAUAACCAUAGUUUAUUCAUUUUAUCCUCAUCUCCACUUUCUGUCAUUGCUCUGAAACAGAAUAUCCCAGCACUGGCUUUGUCUGUGUCUGUUUUUAUUAUUUCUCUGUUUCUGGCAGCCUUUUCUCUGCCCAGCACAGCACAAAGAGAGGAGGAGGAGGAGGAGGCACGGUCCUUGCCCAGCUACUCCUGCACAAAAGUCUGAAAUACCCACAGGGUAUAAACCCCCAUUUUCUUGCAGGAGGCUGAGGAGGAUGUGCUUUGUGUUGUGUUACUGGAUUCAGCAAAAUGAUAGCGUGUUUAAAAAGAUGAUGCUGAGCUGAGCUGACAGGACUGUGGCAGAAUAAAUGCAUGCCUUUUACAAGUUUUUUUUCCUCCUCAUGGAGUGGAGAGCAUUUAAAAGACCUGGUUCUGCAGGUGAUCCACCCCAAAACCCUCCUCCUGCAGCAGGAUGGUGGUAUGUGAAAGGAGCGGAGGGCAGAGCCUCUGCACUGCGAGGCGGUUGCACGUCCCACAGCAGAGACUAGCUGCAGGACAGAGCCAAGAGAUGUGCUGCUGGGACAGAAGGUCACAGCUGUGGAAAUCAAAGGGAUUCAGCAGCACCUGAGAAAGGAAAGCCAAACCUGUGUCACAUGUUCCUGACAAAUAAAGUCCUCUACACGGCAAA